AUGAUACGGCUAUCACAGCUGCCAGGGAGCCUGCUGGCCUCCCUGCUGGCAGCAACUCUCUUCAAGGCCCAGCCGACAUGCGCCGGACCGUCUGUCGAGAUCGCCAUGAAGGCCGCAUUUCCCUCGCCUCCAUAUUUGAUAGAGCUGCUGGAGACUGCCGCUCAGGAGAAUGCGUCCAGCUACUUUCCCCUCCUCGACCGCGUCGCAGAUGGCUACUUCUCCGAGCUCAAGACCGACGCAGAAUUGUACGAGAGUUUUCUGUCAUUACUUCAAGAAGACGGCCACAUAACCAGCGACGAGGGGUUGUCAAUCUUUAAAUUGGCUCUGUCAACGAGAUCGGCAGUCCCACGAAUCGAGGCGCAUUACCAGUAUUAUCAGACAGGUGUCGAACCUACGCUACAAGGAAACCAAGAUGGCUGUGAUGCGUGGGCUAUAUGGAUGGGCCAGCAAUAUUGUAUUCCCACCCUGGACGCAGGCCAGACUCGAGGUCAUGUAUCCGAGCGACAAGACCGAGAUUUGCCAUUCGACCUCUCGCUUGGUGAUGGUCCUAGCUGUAUCCUCUACGCAGACAUCACUUCCCCUCGAUUUGCACCCUUUCACAGGAUCCUAUCGGAGAAGGCACUGAACCGGGAAUGCACCUACAAACUUCGGCAUCGUAGGCUGUCGUAUGAGAAUCUCGAGCCGCUGCCGGUCAGUGGAUAUGGUGUUGCACUGCAGCUGAAGAGGACAGACUACAUUGUCAUCGACGACCGCAAGGCAGAGGAAGAUGCAACGCAGAAGGUCAUAGCCUCUGAAGUCGUCCUGGACCAGGAGGAAGAGGUCGCCGAUCUCAAGCCCCUGUCCACAUCCGAGCUAUCCUCCCUCGGCCUGAAAGCAGCUUCUUUCAUCACGCAGAGUGAGGACCCAUUCAGCACUCUGCUCAAGCUGACCCAGGACUUCCCGAAACACUCAAGCUCUCUGGCCGCUCACAAUGUCUCUGAUGAAUUCCAUAGCGAGCACAAGGCCAACCGCGCCGAACUCGUCCCUGCCGGAACCAAUGUACUGUGGAUGAACGGCGUUCAGCUCGUUGAAAGACAAAUGGAUGCCUUCACCCUAAUUGACUUGUUGCGGAGCGAGCGAAAGCUUAUCAACGGCGUCCUUGACUUGGGCUUGACCGGAGAGGAGGCAAUUGCCCUUCUCACCCACCAAUCUGUGGCUGCUGCCAAGGCAAUUGAUGACGUCCAGAGAUUCGUCUGGCAUGACACGCCCGAGGAUGGAAAAGUCAUCGUUUAUCUGAAUAAUGUUGAGAAAGAUAAGCGUUACGAGGCGUUCCCCAAACACCUAAUGAGUCUUCUUCAAGGUGGUGGAAUGCCUGGCUCGCUGCCUCAGAUUCGCCGUGACAUCUUCAACUUGGUUUUCCCGGUCGACCUCAGCAAGGAGGAAGAUGUCGCAUUGGUGGCCAAACAGCUCCAGGAAUUCGUCAAGCGCAAGCUCCCGGUGAGAUUUGGUAUUGUUCCUUUGGCUUUCACCGAUGCCUCCGAGCGACAAGCCAAGAUAAUCUACAACCUUGUGGAGACAUAUGGUCUCGGGGCGAUGAUGGCAUAUCUUCAGGCUGCUAUCGAAGCCAAGAAGAUAGGUGAUGCGGACAAGGGAUUGUUCGAGGCGGCGGUCGCCAACCGGACGUUGCGAGAAGAUGCAACUGCCCUGACCUUUGAGGACGCACUGGCGUCUGAGCACCACGGAGAACAAACUCGCCUCUCCAAGCGCUGGGCCGAUCGGUUGCGCGCCAAUGGUGCAACUCCUGUCUUCUUUGUUGAUGGCCUUCCUAUGUCACGCGAAGGCAACUGGCUGCAGCCGAUGAGCCAGCAGAUUGGGAUGGACCUGCAGAUGCUAAGGCAGGCUCUCUUCUAUGGUGAAAUUGAGGAGGACCAGUGGAUUCCCGACUUCUUCUUGCAGAAUGCAGCCAAGCGCCGCAACACUGUUAUCUUUCCGAGCGACCCGAAAGAUCUAGAUGUGUUGGAUGUCAACAAGUUACACUCGGAGCAUGCAGAGCUUUUCGAUAUGAUCCCGGUGCUUGAGGCGUACUCGGACUCUACCAAGGAGAACUGGGCAGUGCUGACACUCGUCCUCGACCUGACCAACCCAGAAGGUGUCAAGCUCGCCGCCUCGGCGUUGCAAUUCCGGGUCAACAACCCUGGCAUCCGCCUUGACAUCAUCCACAAUCCUGCGGACUCAGAGGAAGCAUACAAGAUCAAUUCUGCACUAAAAGCUAGCCAGUCUGACCUUGCGGCUGCUGACUCGGAGGAGCUAUUGAAGAUCAUCAUCGACACUGCCGAGGGCCUGACUGAGGAGAAUGAUCUCUACGACUCCGCGCUGCGCCGAUUCCUUGCGACCGCGGCUGUUCGGCCGGGGCAAAAUAUGCUCAUUCUCAACGGCCGUAUCGUCGGGCCUAUCGUGUCGGCAGAAGACUUCAAUGCCGAGGACUACCAGCUCUUCUUGGAUAUUGAGCAGAAAUCGAGGAUUCUGCCAGUUUAUAACGCCAUCGAGGAUCUUGGUCUUUCCGAGAAGGUUUCUAGCCCUCUAGCAGCCGCGAAGGUCACAUCAAUCACUGCAUUGUCUACUAUGCCCGAUGUGCCUGAGGGUAUUUUCGAGUCUGGUUCUCCACUCAGAAUCUCUGCAUUCAAUGUGUGGAAUUCUACCCACACCGCUUUUGAGGUUGGCGACAAGUCGAAGGCGACAAUCCAGCUCGUGGCCGUUAUCAACCCUGCAAGCGAACAAGGUCAAAGAUGGGUGCCGAUUCUGAAGGUGCUUUCCGAACUCUCGGGGGUGUAUCUCAAGGUCUUCAUCAACCCCAAGGAGAAGCUAGAGGAGCUUCCGGUGAAGAGAUUCUACAGAUACGUUCUCGACCAUGCCCCUGUCUUCGACGCUUCUGGGAAGGUCAAGUCACUCACAGCAGACUUCAAGGGCUUGCCAUCGGAAGCACUGCUUAAUGUCGCAAUGGACGUGCCUCCUGCAUGGCUCGUAGCCUCCAAGGCGUCCGUGCACGACCUGGACAAUCUGAAACUGAGCUCGAUUAAGAGCGAUGUUGAGGUCAUCUACGAACUGGAAAACAUUCUCAUUGAGGGCCACUCCAGGGAGUCCACGGGAUCUCUACCUCGUGGCGCGCAGCUGACACUAAGCACCGAGAAGGAUUCCAAGGUCGCAGACACGAUUGUCAUGUUCAACCUCGGCUAUUUCCAAUUCAAGGCGAACCCAGGUUUCUACAACAUCCAAUUGAAGGAAGGCCGUAGCUCUGAUAUAUACCACAUCGAGAGCGUUGGUGCCAAGGGCUACAGUGCUGUUCCUGGUGAUGAGGGAACAGAGACCGCCCUGAUGAACUUCAUGGGCACAACUCUGUACCCGCGUAUCAACCGAAAGCCCGGGAUGGAGGAAGCUGACGUUCUCGAGGAAAGUGGCGAGGGAGGUGUGUUCGACGUUGUGUCUAAGGGACUCAAGUUUGGCAAGGAUCUGUUUGGUGUCAAGACAAAGUCAUCCUCGGACGAAGAGCAUGCUGAGAUCAACAUUUUCUCCGUCGCCAGUGGCCAUCUGUAUGAGCGCAUGCUGAACAUCAUGAUGCUCAGCGUGAUGAAAAACACCAACCACUCCGUCAAGUUCUGGUUCAUCGAGCAGUUUCUCUCUCCAGCGUUUAAGGACUUCCUCCCUUUCAUGGCCGAGGAGUAUGGCUUCAAGUACGAGAUGGUGACCUACAAGUGGCCUCACUGGCUUCGCCAGCAGAAGGAGAAACAGCGCGAGAUCUGGGGCUACAAGAUCCUCUUCUUGGAUGUGCUCUUCCCGCUCUCACUCGACAAGGUCAUCUUCGUCGACGCAGACCAGAUCGUCCGCACGGACAUGUACAGCUUGGUACAGCACGACCUUGAGGGUGCGCCGUACGGCUUCACCCCGAUGUGCGACUCUCGCGUCGAGAUGGAAGGCUUCCGCUUCUGGAAGCAGGGCUACUGGGCGAACUAUCUCCGCGGCCAGCCCUACCACAUCUCGGCCCUGUACGUCGUCGACCUGCGCCGCUUCAGGGAGCUGGCGGCCGGCGACCGACUGCGGCAGACCUACCACACGCUCUCCGCCGACCCGAACUCGCUGUCCAACUUGGACCAGGACCUGCCCAACCACAUGCAGUUCCAGAUCCCGAUCCACAGCCUGCCGCAGGAGUGGCUGUGGUGCGAGACAUGGUGCAGCGACGAGACGUUCGCCGAGGCCAAGACGAUCGACCUCUGCAACAACCCGCAGACGAAGGAGCCCAAGCUGGACAGGGCAAGGAGGCAGGUGCCUGAGUGGACCAAGUAUGACGACGAGAUUGCGGCUCUGGACCGGAGGAGGAAGGGCAAGGUUGAGACGGGCGAUGGCGAGCAGAAAGUGAUUAGGGGCGACGGGGAAGAAUUGAAGGAGCCUCAGGAGGAUAAGAACCCCAAGAGCAGGGCCCUCGAGGGUGAGGACCCAGAGGCUACGGAGCAUGUUAAGGAUGAGCUGUAG